GCCCUCGGCCCGUGAUUUCUAAAGCAUUGGCCGCGCCGCCGGGUGAUCCCUCCGGGCUCAAGUUGCAAGGGGGCGGGCCCGGCGCGGAGGUGGAGUCUCCCGCCAAUUGAAGCCUCGGCUAUAAAUCGAGCUCCCCGCACAGCCAAAGCCCAGAUGCCUCGCCAGGCCGCCCCGCGGUUGGUGGUGGGAGAAGGUGGCGGGUCCCAGGGGGCUUCGGGGGCUGCAGCCACCAUGCUCCGCUCCCUGCUGCUUCACUCCCUGAGGCUCUGCGCCCAGACGGCCUCGUGCCUCGUGCUCUUCCCGCGCUUCCUCGGCACCGCCUUCAUGCUCUGGCUCCUCGACUUCCUGUGCAUCCGCAAGCAUUUCCUGGGCCGCCGCCGCCGGGGUCAGCCCGAACCCGCAGUGGAGCUCGACAGUGACGGCGAGGAGGUGCCCCCGGACGACCCGCCUGUCUGCGUGUCCGAUGACAACCGCCUGUGCACGCUGGCGUCGCUGAAGGCCGUGUGGCACGGCCAGAAGUUGGAUUUCUUCAAGCAGGCGCAUGAGGGCGGUCCAGCUCCCAACUCCGAGGUGGUCCUGCCCAAUGGCUUCCAGAACCAGCACAUCCUUGACUACGCGAGAGGGAACCGCCCGCUGGUUCUCAAUUUCGGCAGCUGCACCUGACCACCGUUCAUGGCGCGCAUGAGCGCCUUCCACCGCCUGGUCACUAAGUACCAGCGCGACGUCGACUUCCUCAUCAUCUACAUCGAGGAAGCUCACCCCUCGGACGGCUGGGUCACCACAGACUCCCCCUACAGCAUCCCGCAGCACCGAAGCCUGGAGGACCGGGUCAGCGCGGCACAGGUACUGCAGCAAGGAGCGCCCAGCUGCUCUCUUGUCCUGGACACCAUGGCCAACUCCAGCAGCUCGGCCUAUGGGGCCUACUUCGAGCGCCUCUACGUCAUCCAGAAUGGCACUAUUAUGUACCAGGGCGGCCGCGGCCCCGACGGCUACCAGGUGUCUGAGCUGCGCACCUGGCUGGAGCGCUAUGAUGAGCAGCUGCACGGCGCUCAGCCACGUCGAGUGUAAACAAUCAGUGGGCAGUUGACUGAACUUGGCGGGCGAUGUCUUCGAGCCUUCGAAGCCCACGUGCAAACGCCCCCCCAAACAAGUCAGGUUUGCGGAGGGCCCAAUGACACAGCUGUGCUGAGCCGGGAUCGCUGGCUGAGUCUGGGCCCUCAGCCAAGCCACCUGAAAAUUCUCCCUCGCCUCCCUGGACUCUGUUGCUGUGACUGUCCCUCACCUGUACCUGCCUGGCUGGCUCGAAAUCCCUUUCUGAGUGUGGAUGCGAUGCCAACCUUGCCUGGGUCCUCCCCUCCCCCCACGUGUCCCCGCAGAGGCCCCUGCCUCUCUCACGCCCCCUCCGCAGAGAGAAGAGCCAGUGUGCCUUCAGCCAGGCGCAGAGAGACUUCGGCCACGCCCGCGCACCCUGAGCGCAGCUGGGCUCCCGCAGCGCCUGCCGCUCGCCCUAGUUGCCUGGCACCCUACACACCUGUCGUUCGCAGGGAGGGGAUGCCCCGCUGCUUUUGUGUCUAUUUCUUGUCCCUGAGUUGGGGGUGGGGGCUUGGGAUGGGGAAGGGUGGGCAGGGUUGUUUCCCCCCCUUAUUUUGGGUGCUCACGAGCCCCACUGCUGAUGACGAGCUGUCUCUAACUGGUCUUGACCACGAGCUGGUUCUGAACUGCAGGGGGGCUUGCAGCAGCGCCUAAAACGAGAGAGGGAAAGUACUCUGGGUUUCCGUGAGGAGACCGCCAUAAAGGGGGUGAAAGAGGGCGGCUGGGGGUACUGUUUCGGGACCAGAGGAAGCCGGCUUGAGAGGCACUGGUGAGGUUCGCAGCGCCCCAGGGAGAAGGAAGAGGCCCGGGCUCCUGGGAAACGGGGUGUGGGUGGAGGAGUCCGCGGGAAGAGAGGUGAGGGGGGAGAGCCUGGAGACCCCGAGUGAGGGGUCUCCUCGGCAGAGCUGCCGACUGUGGGGCCAGGAAGUGGGAAGCCCCUGAUUCGAAGGCCAUUUUUGAGUGUUUUGCUGGAAAUACUCUGUAUAUAAACUUCUUUUACGCUACCAUAAUAAAAGCUUGAAGUAAACUGC